GAAAUGAAUACUUUCUACAUUAUCAUUGAACUGAUUAUUGCUGUUCUGUCCAUCGCCGGCAAUGUGUUGGUGUGCUUGGCUGUUGCCACCAAUGCUACGCUGAAAAACGCCACGAACUAUUUUUUGGUGUCCUUGGCAGUGGCUGAUAUACUGGUCGGCUGUUUAGCCAUCCCGUUUGCCAUCACCAUCAGCAUUGGUAUUAAGUCGGACUUCUACGGUUGCCUUUUCCUAGCCUGUUUUGUUCUGGUGCUGACCCAGAGCUCAAUAUUUAGCCUCCUCGCAGUAGCCGUUGACAGGUACUUGGCCGUAAAUAUUCCCCUCAGGUACAAGGAGAUAGUGACAGGCAGGCGAGCCCGGGAGAUCAUCGCCCUCCUGUGGAUCCUGUCCCUUGCCAUCGGCCUCAUCCCGUUCCUGGGGUGGAACGAGAAGCAGUCGGCGCACUGCGUCCAUGGAAACGCGAGCGGCGCGCGGAACGCGAGCGCCGGUGCCCGGAGCUGCCAGAUGAACUGCUACUUCGAGAGCGUGGUGGACAUGCACUACAUGGUCUACGUCAACUUCUUCGGCUGCGUGCUGCCGCCACUGCUCAUCAUGCUGGUCAUCUACGCCAAGAUCUUUGCCGUGGCGCGGCAGCAGCUGCACCGCAUCAAGCAGAAAUGUCCGGACAGCGGCAGCGGCGGGGGCGGCGGCGGGAGCGGGGCCGGGUCCCACAGCUUGCUGCAGCGCGAGAUCCGCGCCGCCAAGUCGCUGUCCAUCAUCGUGGGCCUGUUCGCCCUCUGCUGGCUGCCCGUACACGUGCUCAACUGCCUGACGGUCUUCUACAGCCGGCUGCACAAGCCACCCUCUGUCAUGUACCUGGCCAUCGUCCUGUCCCACGCCAACUCGGUGGUCAACCCCAUCAUCUACGCCUACCGCAUCCAGGACUUCCGGAACACCUUCCGCCGGAUCCUCUCCAGGCGGCUCCUGUGCCGGGCGGUCGACCGGGACUUCAGCUCCAGCAGCAGCUCGCACAGCAAGGACCCGACCAGCUGCACCACCACUGUAGAUCCCAUACUGUAGGGUUUUUAUACCAUUUUAUUUGAAUUAUCUUGUUUUCGAAUG